UGUGACUAAAAGAGUGGAGGCACAAUGUUGAACGCUACAAAUGGCGACCAAAACCAUGUUGUCAAUUAUGUGGAAGAGUACUUGGACUUGGUGGAGUCACUACCUUUGGAUAUGCAGAGGAGUGUUUCCCUCAUGAAGGAAAUUGAUGCGAGGUAUCAAGACGUCCUCAAGGAGUUGGAGGAUGCCUAUGACCGCUAUUGUAAAGAGUCAGACUCGCCCCAAAGACGCAAGCUACAGCUGUCAAUCCAGAGGGCGCUUAUUCGCAGUCAGGAGCUUGGAGAUGAGAAGAUUCAAAUUGCUGGACAGAUGGUGGAGUUGGUGGAGAACCGAACCCGUCAGUUAGACUGGCACUCAGAACUCCUGGUGGCCGCCAAAGAAACCCAGGAAAGCCACACCCCGGCACCUACUUCCUCUGUGACGGCCACUGCUUCGUCCAUGUCGUCAUCCUCGUCUUCGUCCGGCGCCGCCCCGACCAAAACGGCCCACCAUGACAAAAAGCGCGAAGAGGUGACGGCGAACUUGACCGGCAGCGACAAGGGCAAGCGUGCUCGCCGGCAGAAGAACGGCGAUGGUUACGGCGGCCCGGACGCCAGCGAGGACAUCGGCGCCGGAGCGACACGGGAAAAGCGGGCCAAGACCUCGUCCAAGAAGAAGAAGAGAUCCAAGGGCAAGUCGGAGGUGUCGCCGCCCGAUUUGCCCAUCGACCCGGACGAGCCUACGUACUGCCUUUGCGAGCAGGUUUCUUACGGCGAGAUGAUCGGAUGCGAUAACGACGAGUGUCCCAAAGAGUGGUUCCAUUUCUCAUGCGUGGGCCUCCAUCACAAACCCAAAGGCAAGUGGUACUGUCCAAAGUGCCGCGGUGAGAAUGAGAAAACUAUGGACAAAGCCUUGGAGAGGGCCAAGAAAGAGCGAGCGUACAACAGGUAG